CAUGGAGCCGGAGGACGCUCACUAGGCCGGGCCGAGGGAGGGUGGCGAUCGGAAACGUCGUUUACGGAUUAAUUUUGGUUUAAAGUUUAUCGGUUUUGUUGUUGUUAAUUGAUCAAAUUAACUCACGACUCAAUCGUCGCGCGCGGGGGUUGUUUAAUUUGUGUAUUUUUAAAGAGGUGAUUCUGCGACCCAAAGAAGUGCAGAAGUGUGAUGGAUCAUCGAGAAACACAGACCACCCCAGACAGAUCGGCUCAGGGCAGACGACAACGCGACAGUGAAGUUGACAGUGAAGUGGACGCCGACCCAGAGCCAACAACUCGGGACCUAGAAGACGACGAACCACCACCAAGUUCUCGACAAGCAACCACGGAAGCUGCCACAGCCCACGAUGUCGAUCCUGCAGACACACACAACGUGUCGCCUGCAGAGACAGAGCACGCGGAAGACCCGAACAACACCCAGAACGUGGAUCCUGCAGAAACACCGGGCUUGCUUCCAGCAGAAACACGGGAUACCGAGCUCUACCCAGACUCAGCGGAGGAGGAGCGGUCAGACACUGAGGAAGGAGGUGACACAAAAAUAAAUCCUGCGGAGCAAACCGAAGGCGGCAUUGUGGAGAACGACGAUGCUCACCGUCAGGCGAGUGACAUUGCGUUUGCGGGGGCUGUGGAAAAUCCCGCUCCAGCUGAAGUCUCAGCGCACAUGAACAUCUCGGUGCAGGUGCAGUACGCUGCAGGUGGCGAUGACGAUCAGAGGCAGGCUGUGGAGGAGGAGCAUGAGCAAGGUGCGUCGUUGAAUGAGAAAUAUCCGACGGAGGAGAAAGAUGGCUCCGUGGCGGGGCAGUCAGAGGUGGAAGAACUCCGGGAGGAGUCUGAUGGAGUGCCGGGAUCAGCGGAGCUCGUGCCAUCUUCCCCCGAGCAGGAAGAUGCCACGGCAACAGUAAAAAUUUUGCUGACGCCAGGGGGUCAAGUUAUGACGAUGGCGACAGCUCUAAGCCAGACCGCCGGCAGCCUCAAGGAACAUUUCGCGACAGAGAUGAAGGUGCCCAGCCAAGUUAUACUCAUCUCCUUUGAAGGAAGCACCGUGGACAACACGCAGAGCCUGCGCAUGCUGGGGGUGAAGCCUCACGGCACCGUGCAGCUGGAGAUGUGCUCCACGGAGCCUGACACGUACCCGCUGAGGCCCAUCAAGUUGCGGCACGAGUACAGCAUGCCCGAUGUCAUCACAGUGCGCGUGCAGACCGGAUCAGGAACGCUGGAGGACGUCGUGGUGGAGAUCGAGAGGGCGACGCGGCAAAACCCGUUUCUAGGUGGCUUCAGGCACCGGUUGACAGGCACCGAAUUCCACCACGCCGGCACUCAAACACUGCCCAAACGACGGCCUGACACUGGAAUAAAGCGAUUCUGCCGGAACACCCAGACUGUGUCGGAGAAGCAACACUACCAGCAGACGCACAACACCACGGCGACGCAGAUGACCAAGAUUGGCUGCUACAUAACCAGCACCACGGACCGGCUCCUGGCGCCGCGGGCCUACGUCACGGCCAAGGAGUACCACGAGCGUCGCCGCAGAGCCGUAAUCGUACUGCAGAGCUACCUACGCCGGUGGCUUGCCAAGGACGCGGUGCAGAGGCUGAGGGAGGCCAAGGCCCUGCGCCUGGAUUGGGAGCGGCAGGAGGAGGAGCGGCGGCGCCAGGAGAAGGAGGAGAGGAGACGCAGAGACUACGAGCGUCGCGUCAACCCCAGAUCCAAAGAGGACUUUGAUCUGCUUUACGCUGCGGUGGAAAAGUGGCGCAAGGAGGAGGUGGCGCGGAUCGACGGCGAGCUGAGCGGUGACGAGAGGAAGGCCGCCCUGUGCACGCUGCUGGAGCAGGAGACACAACUGCUCGCGUCCAUCGGCCGGCACAAGCUCAUCGCGGACGGAGUGAACCGCGAGAAGGCCGUGCGGCAGCUGCUCCAGAAGAGUGCUAGCCCCAAGUGCUGGAAAGCGUUUGACGGCAAGACGACGGCGAUGCACACACCAGCCAGCCUCCUUGCCAAGGAGCUGCAGGACAUCUACAGCAGCAUCAGCAUGCCCAGCCUGAGCCAGGAGGAGAGACUGGAUGCCUUGCGCACCCUAAAGGACAAGGUCAAGGACAAUGACUGCAAGCUGACGCGGGAGAUAGCGGAGCUGGUGGACCGGGAGACGGACCUGCUCACACGCUCCAUCAAGGAGGCGAACCUGGAGGGACUGCGCAAGAGGAUCUGCACGCUCUUCCUGCAGUACAUCAAGACGCCUGCCUUCAACCCCGCCGUGGCCAAGCUGCUCAAGGUGCCCCAGGACCCGACGGAGCUGCGCAAGAAUGUCUACUUCUGCUCGGGCUGCCGCGACCACCUUCCCGCAUCGGAGUUCUGGCUGGCGUCGGACAGCCGGGGCCUGGGCCGCUGCCGGCGCUGCUGUCAGGUGGAUAACGCGGCGCGGCGCCGGGAGGAGAUGUCCGAGUACCGCGCCAUGCUCCGCCGCCUGUGCCACACCGAGGAGGGCUACAGCGACGGGUCACGAGCGCCGUUCCUUAUCCAGGAGCAGGACCUUCAAUUCCUCGUGGACAGAGUGUGGGGGGCACAGUCGGCCCUGAGCGCGUUCACCGGCCUGGCAGAGAUGGAGCUGGUGCGGUGGGACAAGCGGGAGGCCUGGUCUCCCUGGAACUGCAUUCUGCUGACGCGGGAUGAAGCGAAAUAUCACCUGCAGCUGGAGGACAUCGACAAGGCGUACGAGCGUGCGUUCGUGCAGAGAGUGGAGCAGCGGCAAGCCCUGGCUCGAGGUUACUUCUCACGCCUGCCCGGGAUGGCCCAACAGCUGGAGUUUCCUCCGGCCCCACCGCCGCCGGGUCUCAAGAUCCUACGGCCACGCACAACCACGGCCUCCGCCACCGGGAAUGCCACAUAGGGGUGCACUCGCACGCACGUGGGUGCAUUCUGAAUCAAAAUCCAUAUUUAUCCUGCAAGAAUCCGUUGAGCUGCGAAGCUCUUUUCACGCAUAUACAGAAGUUUUAAGGAUGUCCAGUAAGAGCUUCAUUUCAGCUAACUCAGACCAGCUUGGGGACCCGGAAAAUAUUUCCGCAUUAAGCAUUUCUAGGGUUGCCGUCGGUCCGGGAAUUGGCAUCUGCGUUCGGGUGGCAGGAAUUGAUUUGGAUCGAGAACAGUUGGUAUUGUAUUUAACUUUAUCACAGCCUACUGCACAGUUUUGAUCAUAGACCUAGGCUGACUGAGGUGCAGGUUUGACACAGGUUUGGUCUGUGGAUCAGGUGGUAAGCCUAGACGAUCGACGUCCAUAUUACUUCUUGCUGUGUGGUUGUGGAUAUUGCUCAUGUGCCUACUCCUGUCUCCCAGAAACCAUGAACAUAUUGAGAAAUUAAGCCCCGAAUGUAAUUAAAUAUAUUCAACAAAACAUGAUCUGGGUAUGUAAAAGUGCCUUUGAUUUUUUACAACUCUUUGGCAAAAAAACGCUUCUUUGAAGCCAAAAGUCUUAUUACGUAUUUGGGGUGUGUGGCUACGACGUCUUUUUCCAUGUAGAUCUGUUUAAUGGCUGUCAAUCCAACUGCUCUGAGAACUGAGAGUUAAACGUGUAAUCGUUCUUAAUGAACGUUGUGUACAAGAGGCUGUGUGAGGGGGUAUAGCUCAGUGGUAGAGCAUUUGACUGCAGAUCAAGAGGUCCCCGGUUCAAAUCCGAGUGCCCCCUAGAAUUUUUAUUUAAAAAUGAAUUAUACACUUUGGGUACUGGAAACAUUUUUUUUUAUUCAAUCGUACAUAUUCGAUGUGUCAUUUGAGUCUGAAUAAAGAUACCGUAGAAAACUA